CCAAAGCAACCGUAUCGCAGACGAACAAAGAACAGGAAAGAGAGAGGGGGUCUAAUGGCGGAGGAAGAGGAAGUGAAGCUACUGGGGCUGUGGUCGAGCCCUUUUAGCUGUCGGAUAGAGAUGGCCCUCAAGCUCAAAGGUGUUCCGUACAAAUACUUGGAAGAAGACUUGGAAAACAAGAGCCCACUGCUCUUGCAGCUGAACCCGGUUCACAAGAAGAUCCCGGUUUUCGUCCACAACGGCAAACCGAUCGCCGAGUCGCUCGUGAUCCUCGAUUACAUCGAUGAAACAUGGAAACACAACCCGAUUCUUCCUCAAGAUCCGUACGAGAGAGCCAUGGCUCGGUUCUGGGCCAGAUUCAUCGACGAACAGGUUUUGCUUACGGGGCUCAAGAUCGUGGCGCAGACAGGACGGGAGAGAGAGGCCGCGGUCGAGGCGACGAGAGAUUUGGUGAAGUUUUUGGAGAAGGAGCUGAAAGGUAAAGACUUUUUCGGGGGGGAAAGCUUUGGGUACUUGGACAUGGUGGCAACGUUGGUGGCAUUUUGGCUGAUGAGAUCGGACGAUCUUGUCGGAGUCGAGGUUCUUCCCGAGGAGAAGUUCCCGGAGAUUCACAGAUGGGUGAAGAAGUUGUCGGAGAUCCCUGUCGUGAAGGAAUGCGUUCCUCCCAAGGAUAAACACGUCCAGUACUUGAGGGCUCGUUUGGAAAGGAUCAAAUCGGCCUGAGAACCGUGCCGAAGUCUCGAUCUGAAUCAAACUCAGAAAUCGUCGAUCUUAACGGCCGGAAUCUGUGUACUAGAAUACUUCUGUUUGAGCUCCAUGAUGUCAAUGUCCGUAAGAAUCUGUGUUUUUUUUUAAAUAACGUUUCGAAGAAA